CCGGCGUCGACGACCCUCGAAUCCUCAAGACUAAGCCAUGGGUUUCGCGCACAACAACGUCCUCCACGGCAACCACUUCCGCAAGGACUGGCAGCGCCGGGUCCGCACCUGGUUCGACCAGCCAGGACGAAAACUUCGCCGACGAAACGCCCGCAAGGCCAAGGCCGCUGCCCUUGGAGUUCGCCCCCUCACCCUUCUCCGCCCCGCCGUUCGUGCCCAAACCGUCCGAUACAACCGAAAAAUCCGUGAAGGUCGUGGCUUCACUCUUGCUGAAUUGAAGGAGGCUGGUAUUGGAAGGAAGGAGGCCAAGUCCGUUGGCAUUGUUGUUGACCACCGAAGGAGAAACCUGAGCGAGGAGGGCAAAAAGAUCAACGUCGAGAGACUCCAGGAGUACAAGUCUCGAUUGAUCAUCUUCCCCCGCAAGGCCGGCAAGCCCAAGAAGGGCGAUUCCACUGGCGACGACCUCAAGGCCGCCACUACCCGUGCUCCUCUCCCCCUCCCUACUGGUGUUGCCCCAGAGGCACCCCGCAAGAUCACCGACGAAGAGCGUGCCUUCAAGGCCUACCGCACACUCCGAGAUGCCCAGGCCUGGCAACGACACGAGGGUGCUCGCAAAGUGCGCGCCGCCAAGAGGGAGGAAGAGGAGGCUGCCAAGAAGAAGUAAUCUCUUUAACACCAUGGCUUUUCUUGUGCAUUCGUUACUCUCCUGCUAUUUUACGUCCCAUCCACGACGCACCUACUCCUGGCCAGAAAAAUAUGAGUUGCUCAGUCCAUGUCGUCCCGCCCAACAUGCCUUAUGCCCGCAAUAUGACGUUUUUUUUUCAU